AUGAUUUCAAUCGAUAGCACUGUCCCGUCUAUCUCCACCAUCGCUACCAUCGGAACUACGGAAUGUAAUUUGCUUCAGCUUCCUGUUGAAGUUUGGAUGCAUAUUUUCAGCUUCCUUGAAUUUGAAAACGUCAAAAAGACAUCUCUAAAGAUCAGUGCAGAGCUUGCUGAUCAUUUCCUGAAUGAUGAAAAUGAAUUAUUCUAUCGCCUUUUCUGCUAUUUCGAGCUGAAACAAGAUUUACAGGAGUGUUUGGAUACCAUUCUCAAUAGACACAUUUACAACGAGGACCGUAACCCAUAUUUUAGGCGUGGUCAAACGAUGACAAAACUUUCGUUUUCUAGUCAUCCCAAAUCUAUGAGUCAGCUCCGCUCUAUGUUAAGGAAAAAGGUGGAACGCAUCAAUAAUUUAUUUCCUGAGUUAUAUCAGCAAAUGGAAGAGCAAGUGACGCAAGCUCUUAAGAAAACCUAUUUCGGAGGAAUACAAAUUGAAGUAGAAAGCAUUGAGAAUGGUAACAGCCAGAUGGACGUUGUUAAUCAAAAGAUAGCAGCCAAGAAUUUUACUUUGAAAUCAAAACGAAGAAUUCCAAAAUGGAAGACUAUUUGCACUCAUCUUUUUGAAAAUCAUCAUUACCGAAAUGCGUCUCAUUAUUUGCAAAUAUUAGCCAAUAUGCUGCGUCAAUGUAGUCGACGAAGUGUCACCUAUCGUAGCCUUAGACGAGAACACUUUUACUCGGAGAGAACAGAUAUCAUUAGAAAAACUCUUCACGCUUUAAAACUCUUACAACCACGAGAGCGGCAUGAGCUCAUGUUCAAAACAUACACCUUUACUCCAAAAUUCCAAUAUCGACGUCAGCCGUAUAGCCACAAUCUCAAAUCUGGGCUUUUUCACACCUUUGUUUUUAAUACGUACUCAUUACUCACUUUGUAUGUGAGAAUCGAAAGAAGUGAAUUUGUGGAAGCGUGUUCCGAAUUUAUUUUAUACUUUUUGAGUGAAUGUGAAAAUCAAAAUCCAGACAUCCUCAUUGAGCAAUUAAUCCCAAACAACUGCGCUCUAAUGUUCUUAAUGAGAAUUCGAAAUGAGAAAUUUGAGCCUACUGUCUUAACAAUUUUGCGUAAUUAUGCCAAAACCAUUCGACAAGCACCCAAAUCAUUGCUAUUUCGAAUUUUUACAUGUGCACUAAAGUUCAAUGUGCCAAUGGCUUAUAUUCGUGAGCUCUUUGAGCAGAAAAUCAUUACCAAGGAAUUACUGUCCAUGGAUCCUCCACCCACAAGAAAAAAACUCAACAUUUUUCAGUAUGCCAUGACUUCGGCUUCUAGAUGGGUGUAUUACGACUCUCAAUAUUAUUAUUACUCGGAUGUAUUUAACCUCAUUAUUAGCACCUUAGACGGAAAGCCAAUUCCAAAGUCACUUCUUGAUGACCACAAGGACGAAGGUAAAAAUGAUCCCAAAAAGCUUCGUGGGCUCGUCAUGCGACCCAAAAGCAAAGUGUGUUGCGCGUUGUUGGAAACCAUUUCUUCCUUUAAAACAUACAACGAACAUGCAACACGAUUUCAUCAACAUUUGCAAAGAUAUUUUAAAGAAGAGGAUCCCUUUUAUUGGGACGAGUGUGUUGCUUUUGAAAGACCAAAGUUUGGCAACAUUUAA